CCACUUUCAGCCUCAGUUCGUCACAUUUGCUUGUCUUGGGAACUUGUGCUCGUUUGUGGUGAAUCUUUCCGUUGUUCUCGUCGUAGUUGUUCCUUUGUCUUUUUUCUGGAGUCAUCUCUGCCUCUGGCGCUUUGUUGCUUCAUUUGGGGGUGUAAAUGUUAAAAAAAGUUGACAAUUAUUUUCCAUAGUUUUCGUUACUUCUGCGCUGGUGGCUUGUUGAAAUUGUGAUCGUCAGACACUUCACGUAGUAUCUUUUCAAGAAAUAGUGCUUUCUUUGGUGGCGUUUUGUGUAAGUUCAACAGUGAAUGUUUUAGCGAUAAAGAUACUUUCGUUGUGUUAUUUCGUUCACUUUGUGGAGCGUCUGUUGACAUCGUCUGCGGCGUACUAUCAGACACUGCAUUCUACGUACUUUUCUCCAUCUUCACCUUUUGGGCGACACUAAAGGAGCUUUUGUGAGACGUUCAAAAGUAUCUAUCAUAUUUCAUCGUGGAAAAACGGGAGUAUACAAAUCCGUCUUAAUGACUACCGAAAUUUUAUCGCGAAUUAUGUUAAGUUCAUUGGACGCUCUGGCGGGAAAGAUAUCACCGGGUUCGGGUAAAUCAAGUCCGACCGACAUACGUCCCACAUAUAAGGGAGGUAGUCCUGGCGGCGUAGGUGGAUGCGGUUCAAUUUUGGAUAGUAGCUUCAGUAAAUUAAACCAUUUCAAUCAUAAUAACAUUCAUCCGUACCAAAAGCCAAAGGAUCAUAAUUGCGUGAAGGAAAAUGGAAUCAGCAUGAACAGCAGCAAUACGAGCCUUCAGAACAAUAAUAACAAUAAUAGUAUAAACAACAACAACGAUAGUGUUUGCAACAAUAAUAACACAUGCAGUCCGAAUAAGAAUCUCACGAAUGGAUCGACCGUAGACUCGAUGACAACAGGCGUAACGUUCAGCAAUGAGCAGCCGGAUCCCGAUUAUAUUAAAAUGUUUGUGGGCCAAGUACCGAAGUCGAUGGACGAGGAGCAACUUAGGGAGAUGUUCGAGGAAUUCGGGCGAGUGCAUUCGAUAAAUGUACUGCGCGACAAGGGAACAGGUGUUAGUAAAGGGUGCUGUUUUGUAACGUUCUUCACAAGAAAGGCUGCCCUGAAGGCACAAGAUGCACUGCACAAUGUCAAAACACUUGUUGGGAUGCAUCAUCCAAUUCAAAUGAAGCCGGCAGAUAGUGAAAACCGCAAUGAACGGAAAUUAUUCGUUGGCAUGCUUAAUAAGAAACUGAACGAGAACGAUGUUCGGAAACUGUUUGAGUGUCACGGGACAAUCGAAGAGUGUACAGUACUACGUGAUCAGAAUGGACAAAGUAAAGGCUGUGCAUUUGUAACAUUCGCAACAAAACAAUCAGCAAUCUCAGCAAUUAAAGCAUUGCAUCAAAGUCAAACAAUGGAUGGAUGUUCAUCGCCUUUAGUUGUUAAAUUUGCCGAUACACAAAAAGAGAAGGAGCAAAAGAAAAUGCAACAAAUGCAAGCCAAUCUGUGGAAUUUAGCAGCUAAUAUCAAUAUACCUUUGGCACAAACAGCAACCUCCGUGACAACACCGAUCCUACCAAACCCUCCGCAACAAGCUAGUCCAGUUUUAGGAGCAGAUGCAAUAACGCCUGCAUCGUUACAACUUUUACAGCAAUUACAAGCUGUAGGUUUACAGCAACAAUUAUUACAAGGUAUAGGCGCACAAUCAGCAACAGAUACAGCGACAGCGGCUGCUGCUGCAGCUGGCCUUCUACCUCAAAUGACUGUACAAAAUUUAGCCGCUCUAGCUGCGAUUACGCAACCAUCGUUAACAGCUGCAACCCAACCAACCAGUGCCGCCCACCUUUCAAAUGCAGCAGCAUUACUAUGUCUGUUAGGAAAAACUGCCAAUUCAGGGUCUGAUACAAAUCCAUUGACUUCCGCGUAUGUGUCGUCGGCCACAGGAUUACCACAAUUUGGUAGUAGUUCUUUGUCCACGUCACCUUUGGCUAGCGUCGCACUCACUACAGCAGCUGCAGCUGCCGCUGGGAAGCAAAUUGAAGGACCAGAGGGAUGCAAUCUGUUUAUUUAUCAUUUGCCACAGGAAUUCACUGACACAGAUUUAGCAUCGACGUUUUUGCCGUUCGGAAAUGUUAUUUCCGCAAAAGUUUUUAUUGACAAACAAACGAAUCUGUCAAAGUGUUUUGGUUUUGUGUCAUUUGAUAAUCAGGAAUCGGCUCAGGCAGCCAUCAAAGCGAUGCACGGUUUCCAGAUUGGUACUAAGCGGCUCAAAGUGCAAUUGAAAAAACCAAAAGAUGCGUCAAAGCCUUACUAGGUAAUUAUGUGGAAAAGCUGGUUUUAGUAGAUGAUGUAGGGAAAGUAGUGGAUUCAGGAUCCGAGAAACUUGCGGAAAUACUGGAUUACAUUUUGUUGGCUCCUGUUUUCAUUGCUUUUUUGUAGACCUUGCCUGAAAGCUCAAUUGAACGUGUCAGCAUCAGCGAGCUUCUAACUUUUGUACAUGUAAAUGUAAACAUUUCAAAUGUUUUUCAUAACAAAUUUGUUUGUUGUUCUUUAGAUUUUCCUUCUUGCUUCGAUUAUCUAUGCUUUAUUGUUCAUUUCAUUGUGAAUUUUAAUGGAUUUAAUUUUUUUUUGGAGAUAGAAAAUGUACCCAUAUUUUAGUACUUAGCAUUUUCGUGAAUUUACUGUUUUCUUCCUUUAUUUCUUUUGAAAACUACACGAUACGAUGUAGUCAUUGUGCCAAAUAUGUAACUAUAUAUAUAAUCUAUCCAUGUAGUUGUAAGUUUGUUCCUUUCGAGUUCAAGGCUCCGCUUGUGCCAUAGUCAUUUGCUUUAAAUGUUGGAUUACCUUCCGGGAAGAUCAAAUAACUUACAAAGCCCAAUUUUUAUUCCUUUUAUUUUUCUAAUUUUCUUUUUGUAAAUAGUUUCAUACAUAUUUCUGGUAAAUUGUUGAAUUGUUUUUAUUUGUAGUAGUUUUGAAAUCGAAUUAAAUUAAUGAAAGUCAAAUUUAUUGAGUUCCAAGAUUUUUGUAAAUAUUGAAAAUUCACGGUCACUUGUUUCGGGUAUUUAUCUUUAUAUUCUUGAAUAGUUUUUCCGGGAGUCUUGGACCCUCGUGAAUUGUAAGAAUGUACUUUUCGCGUCAUUAUUUAUAGACGAACUCAAUUGCUGGUCAUUCAGUUAAUUAUAUUGCAAGCGUACUUAUCACUCGUUUUGUAGCGGUCAAUGUCCUUGGAAUGUGUUGAAUCUCUUAAUUAAGAAUAGAAAACACAACUGAAUUCUUACCAAGUCAGCCUCGCUUACAUUUAAAAUAUGUUUUAAUUUUUGUUUUUAUCUCUAAAACGUAAAUGUUCAGAUAAAAUGAAUUAAAAUUUAUGGAUUUGUUCUCUCAUUUAAUUCUUUCAUGGAUUAAGACUAAAAUUUGAAGAAGCUUUAUUUCGUUUUGAAAGUAAAAUGGCUUAAAAUCCUGAACCCAGUUGAAACCAAAUAUUUAACUGAAAGGAAUUUUAGAACUUUCGAAUUAUAGAUCGAUUUAUUUGGGCGGAGUUUUAAGCCAUUUUACGGUUAUGUUAUUUGUUUAAAGAUGCCUAAUUCAAGUGGUUUCUUGAGGAGAGGAAGUGCCUACAGCCACUUCUUCUGUGAAAAAUCUAAUGAAUUAGCAAGUGAAAUAUAUUUAAUUUGUUUCUCGAUUUAAUAAAAUAUUCAUUUCUGUUCGAAA